CCGGAAGUUCCGGUGGGAGCGCGUCGGGGGAGCCGGGAGGAGAGCGCGCGCCGGGCCCGCGGGAGAGGUGCCAGUGUCCGUCCCUCUCGGUGUAUGUGUGGUAACAACAUGUCUGUCCCCCUCCUCGCUGACGCCGUGACUGUCUCAGGGGCAGAGCGGGAGACGGCCGCGGUCAUUUUCUUACAUGGCCUUGGAGACACGGGGCACAGCUGGGCUGAUGCACUCUCCUCCAUCCGCCUGCCCUAUGUGAAAUACAUUUGCCCCCAUGCGCCCCGCAUCCCCGUGACCCUCAACAUGAAGAUGGUGAUGCCCUCCUGGUUUGACCUCAUGGGAUUGACUCCGGAUGCACCUGAGGAUGAAGCUGGAAUCAAGAAAGCUGCAGAAAACAUUAAAGCAAUCAUUGAGCACGAGAUGAAGAACGGGAUCCCACCCAACCGCAUCAUCCUGGGGGGCUUCUCACAGGGUGGUGCCUUGUCGCUGUACACGGCUCUCACUUGCCAGCACCAGCUGGCCGGCAUCGUGGCGCUCAGCUGCUGGCUCCCACUGCACAAAGCCUUCCCACAGGCAGCAAACAACGGUGUGAACAAGGACAUUGCCAUCCUGCAGUGCCACGGGGAGAUGGACCCCAUGAUCCCUGUGCGCUUCGGGGCCCUCACCGCUGAGAAGCUGAAAUCUGUCGUCACCCCCACCAAGGUCCAGUUCAAAACCUACCCUGGGGUGAUGCACAGUUCCUGUCCUCAGGAGAUGAUGGCAGUGAAGGAGUUCAUUGAGAAGCUGCUGCCCCGGAUCUAAGCGGAGCCAAUGCAGACUGUGGCAGGGAAGGAUGCUGAGGCUGCGGAUCCUUCCCCCGUGACCCGGAAGCCAUGGCCCCCUCCGCACCUCCUGCCUCUCCCGUCUCCUCGCACCGCAUCCUCUCUGGCCGGGGGUGCUCGUCUCUCCCUGCUGCUCUCGGAGCUGAGACUGGAGUCAAGGCGAGUCUCUGAGCAGCCUUUUCUCCCCUUCUCUUGCUCUGAGCCGUUUCUGGGGGGGUCUCCCCAUCCCUUGGCUCCCCCAGCUCCAGCACGGUGCGGGUGAGCCUCUCCUCUUGGGUUUGGUUUGUACCAGUAUUAGGGGUGGGCUGUGCCCCCGGUGCGGUGGGAGGAGAGGGGCAGCUGCAGGGCAGGACCGGGACCCCUCUGCUCCCACUCUGCCCUCAGCCCAUCCCCUCUGCUCGGGCCAGUCCCGGGUUUGGGGUGGGAGGCUCUGCUCUGGGCUGGUACCACCGAGGGCUGCCCCACGGCUGCAGCCCCUGCCCUGUCGCACACGCACACUCCCCACAGCCUCAGCCACCAGCUCGGGGCAGCUCUGCCCUCCGGGAGGGAAUCACCUCCUCCUCUUGUUGCUUUUACAAUCUCCUCCUGAGCCCCGUGUGGGGCUGGAGCUGCCCCUGCCUCCCUCAGAGCCCCAGAGCGCUGCCCCUCACAGCCAGCAUCCCCAUGGCUUUGCCAUGGAGCCCACCCAGCGCCAGCCCAGUCCUUCGGUCUCUCUUGCUGCUACUUCUCCUUCCCUUUGGGCUUGGGCUGGCACGGGAAGAGGGAGGUGAGGACACAAGAGGCCACCGACCCUAGGGCCGGCUCCUGGCGCAGCUGGAGGAAGCAGGUUUGCUCCCAGCCAUCAUCUCACCAGCAUCUGAUGCCCGGGUGCUGCUGUGCCCAUCCUGGGGGCUCUGUUGGCCUCUCCAUGUACAAUCACAGGUUCCCUGGCUUCCCUUGCCCAGCCAGCUGGAGGCUGCAGCCCAGGCUUGGCCUCUGGCCUGGGGGCCUGGCUGGGAUCAUCCCCAGCAGCCCCAUGGGCCCUGAAUGUCCCCUCCACGGGUGGGCUCCUGCCAUCCCCUCCUGUCCCACGGGGCUGAGGGCUCCUGCUGUUGAGCAGCGCUGCCCCUCUCCUCUCCUCCCCAUGGGCUGAGCCCAGGGCACUGCUGUACCCCCCACACCAGAACACAGCACCCAUCCUGCCCAGCCCCAGGGCCCUGCUCCCUCCUGCUGCCCCAUUGCUGCAGGAGGCAGGGGGGGCUCCGUUCCAGCCGUGCCCUCCCGCCUGGGACACGCAAAGCAAUAACCAGCAUCGGCUCUGUCAGACCCAGCCUUGGUUUCUGGGGUUGUUUUGGGUUGGGGUGGGUUUUUCUUCCCCCUUUAGGAUGUCUUCAGCCAGCAAACAUGCUGCUGGUGGUGGGGGGAGCUUGGCUCUUCCCUUGCUUGGGCUCCGGUCCUGCUGCUGCUUCUCCUUUGGUUUAACGCUGCUGUGUCCUCCCCUCCUGUGCUGGGAGGGUGCGAGGGGCUGGGCCGGGGCCGCAGCUCCCCACAGGGAACCCGAGGGCUGCCCCAUGGAUGGACUGACCAAUGUGACUGUGAACUGGAGCCGGGCAGCGGCGCUGGCCCCUGGGCAGAGCAUUCCUGCUGGCUGCCCUCCCAUGCCGAGGAGCCGGGAGGGAGAACAGCUCCUCACCAUUCCUCAAUGCAGCUCUUUUCUGUUCUUCUCCUCUCUUUUUUGUCUUCCUUGUCCAUGUUUGGGGGUUUUUGUGUGUGUUCCACCGCGUCACAAACAAGGUGAAAUAAAUGGUGAACCUCUCC